AUGGCGACGCAGGUUGAGGCAUCGGUAUUGCACGGCGUCAAAGAUCUACGAAUCGAGUCGAGACAGCUUCCUCCGCCAUUUGCAAACGAAGUCCAGAUCCAGAUCGCAUCCACCGGCCUCUGCGGCUCCGACUUGCACUACUACUCCCAUUACCGUAACGGCGACAUCCUUGUCCGAGAACCGCUAUCUCUUGGCCAUGAAUCCUCCGGUAUAGUCACAGAAGUCGGCUCGUCAGUCUCAGAUCUCAGACCCGGUGAUAAGGUGGCACUAGAAGUUGGCCUGCCAUGCGAACGAUGUCCGAAGUGCAAAGAGGGAAGGUAUAACAUCUGUAAGGAAAUGAAGUUUAGGAGUAGCGGUAAGAGCUUCCCGCAUUUUCAGGGCACACUGCAACAAAGGAUCAACCAUCCAGCGAAGUGGUGUUACAAGCUGCCAGAGGAUGUGGGCUUAGACGUGGGAGCCCUCUUAGAGCCGUUAGGUGUAGCAUUGCAUGCCUUCCGCAGAAGUCUAAUGCAACCGGAGGCUACAGUGCUGGUAUUCGGCGCCGGUGCAGUCGGUCUUCUUUGUGCCGCAGUGGCAAAAUUAAAAGGGGCCAGCCGGGUCAUCAUAGCGGACAUCGAUGCUGGCCGGUUAGAGUUCGCUGUACAGAACGGAUUCGCUCACAACAGCUACACAGUCCCCAUGCGGCGAGGGAAAGACAUUGACGAGAGUCUCACAAUGGCCAAGGAGACCGCCGAAGCAAUCGGCAAGAUCGACGGCGUGGGUGAAGUGGACACAGUCUUCGAAUGCACGGGCGUACCUUCAUGCGUACAAGCGGGCAUCUAUUCGACUCGGCCUGGCGGCAGGUUGAUGCUGGUCGGUAUGGGACACCCGAUUCAGACAUUGCCGCUCGCGGCUGCGGCGCUGAGGGAGGUGGAUAUAGUAGGCGUAUUCAGAUAUGCAAAUACUUACCCUGAGAGCAUUGAGAUUGUGCAGCAAGCAAUGAGGAGUAAGGACGGUCCAGACUUCUCGAAGCUAGUCACGCACCGCUUUUGUGGACUUGAGGAGGCGCCGAAAGCGUUUGAGAUGGCUGGGAAGACGAAAGAUGCCGACGGCAGACUCGUCCUGAAGGUAGUCAUUGAUAGCAGCGAAGGCGCACCGCCUUCGAAACUGUAA